AGAGACAAGAAAUCUACAACCUGCACUCAGUGUGGAAAAAGUUUCUCAACCAAACAAAAUCUUGAGAUUCACAUGAGAGUUCAUACAGGAGAGAAGCCGUUCACAUGUGAUCAGUGCGGGAAGAGUUUCAGUCAAUCAGCAAACCUUAAAGCACACAUGAGGAUCCACACUGGAGAGAAGCCGUUCACAUGUGAUCAAUGUGGAAAAAGUUUAUCAACCAAACAAAGUCUUGAUGUUCACAUGAGAGUUCAUACAGGAGAGAAGCUGUUCACAUGUGAUCAAUGUGGGGAGAGUUUCACACAAAGAGGAAAUCUUAAGAGUCAUAUGAAAGUUCACACUGGAGAGAAGCCACACACAUGUGAUCAAUGUGACAAAACAUUUCUCUGGGCAUCAAACCUGAAGAGACACCUGAGAGUUCAUACAAAUGAGAAGCCACAUUCAUGUUCUGUGUGUGGAAAGAGAUUUUCACAGCUGUGUAGUUUACAAAAACAUGAGAAAAUACACACUGGUGUGAGAGAGUACAUGUGUUUUGAGUGUGAGAAGACUUUUAUUACAGCAAACCAAUUAAAACAGCACCAGAUAAUUCACACUGGAGAAAAACCAUACAAGUGUUCAUACUGUGACAAGAGAUUCAAUACGUCAUCAAAUCUGAAAACACAUGAGAGGAUCCACACAGGAGAAGCUGCACAUGUUAUUCAGUGUGGAAAGAGUUUCUCUAUUAAAAGUCACCUGAAGAUACACAUGAAGAUCCAUGCAGUGGAGAAACCACAUCACCACCGUCUGAAAUGAAGUAGUUCAUCUUUAUGUGCUGAACAACAAUACCUGGCUGUCAAAUCCCCUCUUGAUGCAUCCUCGAUAAAAGUCGGAUCAAGAACACAUUUGGGUAUUUGAACUGUACUUGGCUAGAUGUGAACUUUGAAUUGGAUCAGUACUCAGGCAGCAGCUGAUGACGUUUCAAAAACAGACAAGAACGCAUAUUAAAAAUGGAUAACUAUGAAUGAAUGAGGCAUUUAUAUAGCACUUUACUAUGUACUACUGUACACCGUAAGUGCUUCACAAUCACAUCAGGGGUCUCUCCUCAUCCAAACCUACAGUUGUGUUCAAAAUUAUUCAACCCCCACUGAAAUUGAUUGUUUUGGUCGGUUUGACAUUGAUUUUGAUCAUUCAGUCAUCCUGCUUACAAUUGAAUCAAAGAGGCACGUGUAGGUCAGACAAAUAUAACAUAACAUUUAUAAUGAAAUAACCACAAAUGUCUUUUCUGAGCUCACAUCAUUAUCAGUUUUAUUCAACCCCCAAGUGACAUUCAAUCUUAGUACUUAGUACAACAUCCUUUUACAGUUAUAACAGCUUUUAAACGUGAAGCAUAGCUUGACACAAGUGUCUUGCAGCGAUCUACGGGUAUCUUCGCCCAUUCAUCAUGGGCAAAAGCCUCCAGUUCAGUCACAUUCUUAGGCUUGCGCACUGCAACUGCUUUCUUUAAGUCCCACCAGAGGUUCUCAAUCGGAUUUAAGUCUGGUGACUGCGAUGGCCACUUCAAAAUGUUCCAGCCUUUAAUCUGCAACCAUGCUCUAGUGGACUUGGAGGUAUGCUUGGGAUCAUUGUCCUGUUGAAAGGUCCAACGUCUCCCAAGCCUCAGGUUUGUGACGGACUGCAUCACAUUGUCAUCCAAUAUCUCCUGGUACUGAAGAGAAUUCAUGGUACCUUGCACACGCUGAAGCUUCCCAGUACCUGCAGAAGCAAAACAGCCCCAAAGCAUGAUUGACCCCCCGCCAUGCUUCACAGUAGGCAAGGUGUUCUUUUCUUCAUAGGCCUUGUUCUU